AUGUCUUUACUCGCAGGCACCAACAAGACUCGUGAGGAGUGGGAUAAGCUUACGACACCAUUCGUUCAAGUGCGUAAGAAAGCAGAUGGUCUAUAUGAAAGCUGGGUCAAGGAACACUUUGUGCCUGUGUUCGGCAAAUCCAUAUUUGGUGGCUCGCUUAUUGCGCAAUGCAUUCUUGCAGCUUACGAUACCGUGUCAGAGGACAUGCUGUUACACGAAUUCCACGGCAAAUUCGUCGAUCGAGCUGAUGUCCAUGAGCACAUUAUGUAUCAUGUACAAAAGCUGCGCAAUGGUCGCUCCUACAUGACUAGGCGUGUUGAUGCUAAGCAGGGAGACACGGUCUUGUUUUCGGUGUCCAUGUCGUUCCAACUGCGUGAACCGAAUGAGCCUACUUAUUUUGUGCCUUCGCCCAAAGUGGUGAAUCUGGACGACUUUCAGUCCCUUUCCAAGGAUCUGUACGAUCCUUAUGUCUCACUUCGACAGGUGGUGCACCCCGAGCAGUGCAUGCAUGCGCAUAUGCGAUAUCAUAACAUACUUCAUUCAAUGCGGGAAGAUCACCCCAUGUACGAAUUGCUCUCGCAAUGGACGCACGACCAUACUCACGUCUUUCCGAUGCAGUCUCGACCGGCCAUUCCGACCAUGUUUGACAGAGAUGGUCAUAUGGCGCCAUUUUCCAAAACAGCCUACUGGCUCAGCUCUCGUGGCUACUGCCGUGGCCCCCAAAGUUUGCAGCAAGCCAUGCUUGGCUUUCACGUCGACCAGUUUUUCCUGGUCAACAUGAAUACGGAUAUACCAUCGUACACCACGACAAUGAUGGCGUCUCUGGACCACACGAUGUGGUUCUAUAAUGAUUUCCAGAUGUGUGAUUGGCUUUUGUUUGUCUUGGACAAUCAAGCGCUCAAUAAUGGCCGCGCCUUGAUCACAGGCCGCAUAUACCGUCUAGAUGGUGUCCUUGUCGCUGUUGUGGCGCAAGAGGGCGUGCACCGUUUCAAGCCCAGCCAGUCGCAUUUAUAG